ACCGCGUUUCUCGCCAUCCGAUCUCCUGAUUUCAUGCUUUUGGGCCCAUACCCCACAUAGAUACAGCUCUGCCUCUCAAUUUCAGGAGACGCGUUGACCUAUUUCUCUUGUUCUUCCUCCGUCGCCAAAAAUCCCCUUUGAUCUGUGCGUAAGAAUCUUUCCCCUCGAUCCCCAAGAUGAGUGAAGAAGUGAACGAGAACCAAGUCGUGAAGGCUCAGAGAUCUGCUCCCCGUCUGAAUGAGAGGAUCCUCUCGUCCUUGUCUAGGCGGUCCGUUGCUGCUCAUCCUUGGCAUGAUCUUGAGAUCGGACCUGGAGCUCCUCAAAUCUUCAAUGUGGUUGUUGAGAUCACGAAAGGCAGCAAGGUCAAAUAUGAACUUGACAAGAAGACAGGACUCAUCAAGGUGGAUCGGAUUUUGUACUCAUCCGUUGUAUACCCUCAUAACUACGGUUUCAUUCCCCGGACAUUGUGUGAAGACAAUGAUCCCUUGGAUGUGUUAGUUAUCAUGCAGGAACCGGUGCUUCCAGGCUGUUUCCUGCGAGCCCGAGCCAUCGGACUAAUGCCCAUGAUUGACCAGGGUGAGAAAGAUGACAAGAUCAUUGCGGUAUGUGCUGAUGAUCCAGAGUACAAGCAUUAUACUGACAUCAAACAACUGCCUCCUCAUCGCCUCACUGAGAUCCGACGUUUCUUUGAAGACUACAAGAAGAACGAGAACAAGGAAGUGGCAGUCAACGAUUUUCUGCCAUCAGAGACCGCCGUUGAAGCCAUCCAGUACUCCAUGGACCUUUAUGCUGAGUACAUUCUACACACCCUGAGGCGAUGAAGAAAGCUAUUUUCCUCAUGAUCUUCCAUGUGCCCAUUUUGGACACGCUCUUCGGUUUGAAUAAGCAUUCUCAAUGAUGUCCUUGUGUCUUUUUGUUUCAAUGUUUUUUUUUUCUUCUGUAAUCUGGGUGGAUACUGUUGAUCUUAUGAUUGCCCAAACUAUUAUGUACUGUUCCUGUUCCUUCCUUCCAAAGUACGAAGCUUUGUCCUGCUUUGAAAUGGCGUUAAUGGUGGAUAACGUCACGUA